AUGUUUUAUGAUUCAGGUUGCCCACCAGACGCUUGUGGCUUUAAAGGAUCUGGUGGAAAUACUCAACCAAUUAAUGGUUACGAUCGUGCGAAUCUUGCCCAAACGUAUUCUGCUUUGCUGUCGCUGUUGAUUCUUGAUGAUGACAUUUCGCGUGUGGAUCGAAAAGCCAUUCUUGAGGCAAUUCGACUUUCACAACGGGAAAAUGGCUGUUUUUGGUCACAAGGAAACGGUAGUGAAAGCGAUAUGCGAUUCGUGUUCUGUGCUGUAGCUGUGUGUCACAUCUUCAACGAUUUUUCUCCGAUCAAUUGGAAAACUUUGCGAAGUUUUAUUCGCUCAAGCAUGACAUAUGAUGGAGGAAUUGGACAGGGAGAAAAUGCCGAAGCACACGGAGGAUCUACGUUUUGUGCGAUCGCCGCUUUAUCGUUAAGUGGACGCCUCUGGGACGAAUCAAUUUUAACCCAAGCGGAGCUUACUCGUCUGAUCAAAUGGGCCAUCCUUAAACAAGAGAUUGGAUUUCAUGGUCGUACCGGAAAACCUGACGAUACUUGCUAUGCUUUUUGGAUUGGUGCUACUCUGAAAAUAUUGAAUGCUUAUCAUCUUUGCGCAUCUUCAAGUGUUCGUCAGUUUCUGCUUUCAACUCAACAUAAUCACAUGGGCGGCUUCUCAAAAUUAUGUGAAGAUGGAGCAUAUCCUGAUAUGUUGCACACAUACUUUUCGUUGGCGGCUCUUUCACUCCAAGGCGAGCCGACUCUUCGAUCGCUUCAUCCGGCUCUUAAUAUCAGCGAACGGGUCUAUGGAAAGUUAGGCCGAAUCAGCCAGGUUGACUCGCUGGUGCUA